AUGCCUCCUGCAAAGGCCUUGAAGACCGAACGCACCCAUGAAGAGAACCAAGAGCGUGCAUACAUUGCCGCCUCACGUCGAAGUGACCGCAGCCUCGAAGCUCGUGUGGAGUCAGCGCGGCGAGCGUCAGAAAUCCACAAGAGGCGGACAGGUCGGUCACUUCGUGUGAGCGAACAGGAUGUCGUCAACGAGGAGAUGUACGAAGAGGAAGACGACGACCUUCCUGUGCAAUAUCGACGACUCACCGCCCAUUUGCAAACCGGCUCUGCCGAUUUCAACCGAAGGCUAUCAGCAUAUCUCACUAAUCAUGUAGCGAUGAGGAGCGCCCUUGAUCAAGCAAUUUCCAAUUCUUAUGCUCAGCAGUAUCCCAACGCUCCGCAGUUUUCGCACAAUCAGAGCGUCUACCCAUCGCCGUUUCCCCCGAAAUCCCCUCACGCACAAUGGCCGCAGUCUUACGGCCAGCCAUACCCCACACCAGGGACACCAGGCUACAGGCCGUCUUACCAGCAGCGGAGGCCUUCGCAGCCUCAGUCGCAACAUACCUCAAGUUUCUCACCUCACUUGUCACAUUCGAAUGGAGCCCAAUCGGAUGGGGCUCCUAACGGUCAAGCCUCGCAGCGGCAAGCAUCGCAAUCAUCUCACUCGACAUCUCACUCGACAUCUCACUCGACAUCUCACUCUCCAGUGCAACACCGAACAAAUGUCCCGCACACGCCACAGAGCCACAAGCAUAGCCCCGUCGCACCAGCUGCGCAGACAAGUGCGCCUCCAGCGACAGUGCCACCACAACAGAAGCAGCUCUCCCCACAUGUCAAUGAGUAUCCCAGCAUGAGUCCAUUUACACUAGCGCUGCCCGUAGAAUCACAGAUGCUACUCAGUGGAGCUCUUGACCCUAGCGAUCCCAUGACGAGUGCACUAAUGGGCGGAUAUGAGAACUUACCAAGUGCAUUCAGCCAUGACAAUCAGACCGAAAUGAAGCCCCAGAGCUUCAACCCACAGAUUGGCGGCAUGAGUACGACUCUAGCACCCAGUGCCCUUGAUAUGCAAACGCGACAAGUCGGUUUCAAUCAGAACGCUGCAGCCAACUCAAUGCCGCCGACAUUUAUGGCACAGCAGAGCUUUGAUAAUGCCGACUUUUCAAAGCUUCAAAUGUUUCCUACAACACACAGCUCGCAGGGCAGUGGGACUGCGACACCAGGAUUAGAUGCUGGCUGGGAGGCUUUCAUUAACGACACGUCCUGGGGCGAGAAUGGCACCUGA